AUGUCGCGCCAACUCAUUUCCAGCGAGAAGUUCCCCCCCAAGCCCCACAACUGCCCCGCUACCAAGGUCCCGGGUCUUGUGUUCUGUGCUGGACAGACUGCCACCGGAGAGAUUAAGCAGGCCACGAGAACUGUUCUUCAGAACCUCAAGGAGGUCCUCGAGCUUUCGGGAUCUUCCCUUGAGCAGGUUGUCAAGUACAACGUCUACCUUGCCGACAUGAAGGAUUUCGCCGCCAUGAACGAGGUGUACAUCGAGUUCCUUCCCAAGCCCAUGCCCUCGCGAUCUUGCCUCCAGGCUCUUCCCCCUGGUGAUGGUACUGUUAUCGAGAUUGAGUGCAUCGCUCAGGCUUAG